CUAACCUAAUUUGUUUUGACGUCGAUGCGCGCACGUGAUUGCUGCUUCUACAGCGAUCCGUGUUUCAACGAACGAAAAGAGAGAAAAAUUGGAAAUAAUAUAAGCGUCACGUUAAAAAAGCGUUUGCGAAUAAAAGAGAAAGAUGGCAAAGUUUUGUCUGAAGAAACCGAGCAAACGUAUACCGGCAAGAAAGAGAUACAAAAUAGAAAAGAAAGUCAGAGAACAUAAUCGAAAGAUGAGGAAAGAAGCUAAAAAGAAACUAAAAGGAAGAUCUAAGGUGAUCGAAGUCCCGAAUCAGUGUCCAUUCAAAGAAGACAUACUCAAAGAAGUAGAAGCGAUGAAAAAGCAAAACGAGGAAGAGAAGAGGAAACAGCGCGAAGCCGCGCGACAAAAGAAACGCGAAGAUCUCGCAAAGAAUGGUCUACCAGGAUUGGUACAAGAGGCAAGAAAGAAAGACGACGAACACGAAGCUAUGGAUACGGAUGAUAAAAGUCAAGAAAUUAAAAAUGCUGUUACCAGAGAAGAAAAUUCAUUGAAGGCUUAUUACAAAGAAUUCAAGAAAGUUUUAGAUGCCGCCGACGUUAUCUUGGAAGUUGUCGACGCACGAGAUCCGUUAGGUACUAGAUGCAAACAGGUAGAAGAAGCGGUACAAGCGGCCAAGGGCAAUAAGAGAUUAGUUAUAGUGUUGAAUAAAGCGGAUCUUGUACCGAGAGAAAAUUUAGAUCUAUGGUUGAAGUAUUUGCGUGGGAGUUUACCAGCGGUCGCAUUCAAAGCUUCUACUCAAGAUCAAGCCAAAAGAUUAGGCAGAAGAAAAUUGGGAAAGAAAACGGAGAACAUGAUUCAAGGUGGAACAUGCUUCGGAGCCGAGUUGUUAUUAUCCUUACUAGCAAAUUAUUGUAGAAAUAGUGGUAACGUGAAGACGAGCAUCCGAGUAGGAGUUGUUGGACUUCCGAAUGUAGGAAAAUCAAGUGUCAUUAAUUCUCUAAAACGAAGUAGAGCAUGCAACGUUGGAAGUAUACCAGGAGUUACAAAAGCAAUGCAAGCGGUACAGUUGGACUCGAAAAUAAAAUUAUUAGAUUCUCCUGGUAUAGUUUUUGCUGGUCGUCAAUCGUCCAACGAAGAUGAUUCAUCCAUAGCUCUUAAAAAUGCAGUAAAAGUUCAAGCCCUUAAGGAUCCUUACACACCAGCUACUGCGAUCUUGCGAAGAAUUUCCAAACAGCAAAUUAUGGAAUUAUACGAUAUCCCUGAAUUCUCUACGCCCGAGGAAUUUUUUGCUUUGAAAGCUAAAAGAAUGGGAAAAUUUAAGAAAGGUGGUGUUCCAAAUCAAUUGGCCGCUGCACGUUGCGUUUUAGAAGAUUGGAAUUCAGGAAAGAUUAGAUAUUAUACGGUACCACCCGAACAGCCAAUAUGCCACUUGUCUGCAGAGAUCGUCGGUCAAAUGGCCAAAGAAUUCGAUAUCGAAAGUUUUGCUGCAGAAGAAAGAAUGAUGUUGGACAACGUAGAAGCAGCGAAUAGAGACGAUAUAAAGGAGCCUGUAUUAUUUGACAGUACAGGACCUGUUACAUCGGUUAUGGAAGUAGAAAUUCAAAAGGAUGCAGAAUUCAAGUUACAAAAGAAAUUAAAGAAAAAGCUUGAAACUAAACCUAAAGCAACUACUACCGAACAAAAGAAAAAAACGGAUCCACUAUCCGAAUUGGAGGGUAAUCAAAAAUUAAAUAAACUACAGAAGCUUCAAUAUAAAAAAGAGAAGAAAGAUAAAGCUCGGAGAGAGAAAGCAGCUGCAACCUUAGCCGAUAAAUUGGGAGGAUUUAAUCUGUCGACAUCCGAUAAUUACGAUUUCAAUACCGAUUUUACAGCAACGUAGAGUAACGCCUGUUUCAUUCAAUUUCUGUGAAAUUCAAAGCCUUUGAUGUAUUGUAUAUCUUGUAUAAAAAAGUUUGUCUAAGAUAGACAAAAAUAAAAAUAAUUGAUCGAUUUGCAAUACGAAAACGUGUUGCGAAAUGAAAUAUAUAAA